AUGUCUGCCCCAUACGAUCCCAACCAAGGCUACUACCCUCAACAGGGUGGAUAUCCCCCUCAAGGCGGCUACCCUCCCCCACAGCCCAUGCAGUACCAGCAAGCGCCACCACCCCAAGAAGAAAAGAGUCACGGCUGCUUCUACACAUGUAUCGCCACGCUCUGCUGUUGUUGGGUCUGCGGAGAGACCUGCGAGUGUUGUCUUGAGUGCUUCGACUGCUGCUGUUAA